GCCUCGUGAGGAAGACCAACAGCGAGCCCUGCGCAGCCUGCUCCACCAGAGAUGGGUGACACCAUCAAGCAGGUGUUCGCGACGAUGAUUGUUGGCCAGGUCCUGGUAGCCACGGGCAUGAACAUUGCUUUGCAUAGCAUCACCCUCAUCCAGGUGCCUCAGGACGAGGACCGUUUCAUGGACGACGACCAGCUCAACUGGACCAUCGCAGUGACGGCCUUGGCGUUGAUGGUCGGCUCCUGCUUGGCAAUGCCCAUCGCACCGGUGCUGGGCGCGAGACGGUUGCUGGUACUGACGCAGCCAAUCCACGCUCUAGCUUCAUUCUCGGCUGGUUUUGGAAAGCACUUCGGCUGGGUACUCCUGGGAAGGAUUCUCACCAAUAUCUCGAUCGGUAUGUCGGAGGGCACUGUGCGAGGGUACGUAUCUGAGAUCGUACCGCCGAACAAGCGUACACUUUACACGGCCAUCCUGAACACGAUGGUGUUCGCCAGCCAAGCGGCAUUCACCGUCCUCGGUCGCUAUGCGCACUGGCGGAUCAUGUUCCUCAUUGCGGGAUUUUUCCCCGCCUGUUGUAUGCCUGGCAGGCCUGUACUUCAUCCCCAACUCACCCAAGUGGCUGCUGUCGCACGGUCACUCGGAGGAGGAGGCCCGCCGCGCCAUCCACUUCUUUCACGGGAAAGAGGCCGACGCCGAUGCCGAGAUACGCAGUACAAAGGACUCCCUCCGUGAGACCCACGUCGAUGGCGUCUCCAUCCCCAUGCGUAAGCUGAUCCUGCGACGAGACACGCUGCAGCCCCUGCUGCUCGUCACGGGCCAGAUGAUGGUGUCUAUCUGGAGCGGUGGCUUGGGAAUCAAUUUUAUCCUGCCUCUUAUCCUCCAACAUGUGAAGCUACCACUGGACCAGUAUCAGAGCGCGAUGCUGCCGCUGGCCUUGUCCGCCUCGCUGUGCGUGCCAACCAGCGUUGUCAUCGAACGUUUCGGCCGUCUGCCACUGCUGCGUGGCAGCGGCGCCAUCUCCGCGGCAGGCUGUGCGGCCAUCGCAGCCUUCUUCUUCUUGCCGGAGGCGCAGCAGCAAAGAUCGGGCUCGGUGGUGCUGGUGGGCUCGGUGCUCGUACAUUUAACGUUUGCGUGCAUUGUCGCCCCCAUUUCUCUCACCUACAUCAACGAGCUUCUGCCGAACCGUACACGAAUCUUCUGCGCGAAUAUUACCAUGGGCACGACGUACACGAACCUCUUCAUUUUGCUGAAGACUUUCCCGAUGCUGAGUGGUGCCAUUGGCCUCGGGGGUGUCUUCGUCGUCAAUGGGGUGGUUAGUCUUGUGCAGGUUGCCUUCGCCACGCUUUUCCUUCCUGAAACGAAAGAUCUCUCACUGGAGCAGAUUCAGCAGAUGUUUCAAUCAGCAGACAACGUGUCGGGAAAGUCAUCGGAGGUGGACGAAGCGUUGGGUGUCAAACCGGGAGAGGAAUGUCUGGCACUGGAAUAGAUAUGUCAGAAAGCUUUGGUGUUGCGACUUGUAGUGUUGUGCAUGCUUUACUUAACCUGCGCCUCUAUGUAGUGCCAUGACACAAUCUGAAACGAUGCUCAGCAAGGUUUUUGCCGCAUGAGAGGACACGAACAAUCAGCAAUAUACCAGUUUCAAUGCUGGAUAAAUAUUUGCGUGUCACAUGGCCGUAACUUUAUGAACAUUGGUGUCUUGUAUCUGCUUCGAUCAUGCUGAAUAUACCGUUUAUUAAUUUAUUUAUUUAUUACACGUCAUAAGCCCACUCCAAUCAGAAUGUGGCUUUUACAGAGCCCGUGUUAUGGAAAUAAAACACUGUAGGUCAGGGAGGCUCGCGCAAACACGUGCACAUGCAGGCACCUAAACGCAGAACCCACUUUCUCACAUUUGCUUAAGUCAUUUGAAGUAGGCGUCGCUAUCCGUCACUGACCUGCCGCUGCAGGAUAUAACUCAGCUCAGCUCAGCUCAUAUAUACUGCGGUAGUGCGCUGUAGGCGGUCA